GGCGGGGGCGAGAGCGACGCCGACCGCGCAGGCGCUCGCUGGCUCACGGCUCACCGCUGCGCAGGGUGCUCGUCUGCUCGCCCGCGUGCUUUGGUCGUCCCGUCGCUGCCUCCCUCGCUCGCCUCGUUGCCGCGUGUUGCCCUCCGCUCCGCUCCGCUCCUCGCGGCCUCUUUCCCCCGUCUCUCCCCGCCUCCGCAAUAAAAAUAGCAAGCCAGUGCUCUCGUUCGCUCCGACUCGCCUGCGCGUGCCCUCCCCUCCCCUCUCCCUCUCCGCUUACCCCGCGGCCCAGAUCUGCGGCGGCGCCGAUCGACGCCGCGUGUGCUGCGAGGAGGAGAGGAUCCUGCCGGGUCGUUGGUGAUGAGAGCUUAGGCGGCCGGCGCACGAGUGCACGCGCCCUGCUUCUAAGGUAUCAGAAAAUGGCGAUGAUGGUGGAUCCUCCCAAUGGCACGGGAAACCAAGGGAAGCAUUACUACACUAUGUGGCAAACUCUAUUUGAGAUUGACACCAAGUAUGUGCCUAUCAAGCCCAUUGGAAGAGGAGCUUACGGAAUAGUUUGCUCAUCUAUAAAUCGUGAGACCAAUGAGAAAGUCGCAAUAAAAAAGAUAAACAAUGUCUUUGACAACCGUGUGGAUGCACUACGGACACUGCGGGAGCUGAAACUUCUUCGACACUUACGCCACGAGAAUGUGAUUGCUUUGAAGGACAUAAUGAUGCCAGUGCAUAGAAGGAGCUUCAAGGAUGUCUACUUAGUUUCUGAACUCAUGGACACUGAUCUGCAUCAAAUAAUUAAGUCAUCUCAACCACUUUCCAAUGAUCACUGCCAGUAUUUUCUUUUUCAGCUGCUCCGAGGUCUGAAGUACCUUCAUUCAGCAGGGAUACUCCACAGAGACCUAAAGCCAGGGAACCUCUUGGUUAAUGCAAACUGUGAUCUGAAGAUCUGUGAUUUUGGUCUUGCCCGCACAAACAAUACCAAAGGUCAGUUUAUGACAGAAUAUGUCGUCACCCGCUGGUACAGGGCCCCUGAGCUGCUGCUCUGCUGCGACAAUUAUGGUACCUCAAUAGAUGUCUGGUCUGUUGGCUGCAUCUUUGCGGAGCUACUUGGCCGCAAACCGAUUUUCCCAGGAACUGAGUGCCUCAACCAACUCAAGCUCAUAGUCAAUGUUCUUGGAACCAUGAGUGAAGCUGACCUCGAGUUCAUUGACAACCCAAAAGCCCGCAAGUAUAUCAAGACCCUUCCAUACACCCCCGGCAUUCCCCUCACUAGUAUGUACCCACAAGCACACCCUUUUGCCAUUGAUCUGUUGCAGAAGAUGCUUGUCUUUGACCCCUCAAAAAGGAUUAGCGUCACUGAGGCUCUGGAGCACCCUUACAUGUCUCCACUGUAUGAUCCAAGCGCAAACCCUCCUGCUCAAGUGCCCAUCGAUCUUGAUAUAGAUGAGAAUCUCGGCGUAGAGAUGAUCCGCGAAAUGAUGUGGCAGGAGAUGCUCUACUACCACCCGGAGGUCAUCGCAGGAAUGAGCGUGUGACAGGCAGCAAUGAACAUGUGACAGAGGUCUGCUAUGUCAGGAUCUUCACAUGUUCGUCUUUUGUGUAAGCUAACUGCGAUUAUAGCACCUAUCAAGUUAUCACUACGUGUAUCAGACUUUCAGGUGAUAUCUUAAUGUAAAUAUGCACGCAAUAAGACGUCGUAUGAUUUUUUCUUGUUUUUUUAGUACACGGACUACGUUGUUGUAUGAGUAAUUGAAGCGGAACUCAGUAUUUAAGACUUGUAAUUUUAGACGCUGAUCUGUUAUAUGGAAAUCUCGUGGCCUUUGUUC